GAAGAAGAAAAACUUUGUUGGUUGUUCCUGUGAAAUUGAAUGUCUUAGAGAUGAAUUGCCUUUAUCUGACACUGAAAUUUUAACGCUAAGAAGUUCUGUAGCCUCUGUAGGGGUCUAAAGGUCAACCGCCAUCGUAGGUCACACAAAGUUUGAAGACGAUUUUGUUAGAACUAAGCCAAUGUCAUUAUGAGAAAAAAGAUCCACUUUUAGGUCACUGAAGGUUAAUCAAAGAUGCAGUGAGGCGAAGGACUAAAGGAGAUGAAUUCAUUAUCACAACAUUCAGCACGAAUUCUCAAAAAAGAAGAAGUUUAAGGAGGAGAAGUGAAGAAUCACUUGCAAUAUGGUAAUAAAAGAGAAUAGAAGAGAAAAGAUGUGGUUACCAGAAUCUUGAUGAACAGAUAUAAAAGCUGUGCGAACCGGGAUUUUCAUACAUGAAGUUUUAUGACAUAAUUACAACAUCAGUUUAUCAGUCUGUUUGUGAGAAGAAAGCAGAAUGGGAGGAAGUGUUCUUCAUAUGUUGAUUGAAGUAUCAGAGCAUUUCCAGGAGAUUUUGAGGCUGGCUGCAGCAGAUGGUGUAUUGGAUUCGUGGGGGAUUGAGAUGGUUCUUCAAAAUGUCUCUUUAUCUCUUCAUGAAGAUGACAAUUUUCAGGGACAUAUGUUAUUUGGUCUUCACUCUCUCCUGCUCUUGCUAGCAAGGAAAUUAGAAGAAGUAGGGCAUGAAAUAUAUUCUGAUGGCUGUAGCUGUGGUUGGGACACAUCACAGUUACCAGAAUCACAACACAGUGAUAUCCAUAGAUAUACAUCAGGCACUGUUGUCAGAUGGGUUCAGGGAGAAUGCUAUGUGCUCUUGGCAUCAACUGAGGCUGAUGCAGAAAUGUACCAUGACACAGAGCAAGAAGGACAGGCAGAUGAAGACCAAGAGGGAAAACAUGAAGGAGGUAGGGACAGCAUAGAAGAUUCCUAUGCACAAGAAUAUGCCAGCAGUGAGAAGGAUAGUGUCCAUGACAACAGUCAUCUUGACCAAGAAAGAUGUGAUGACAGUCACUUUAAAGACCAGGAAGAGUCUAUUUCUCCCAGUGCUUCUAGCUGCAAAAGCUCAAAGGAAGGGAGGAUUUGCCAAGUGGAGAGGAAAAUGAAGAGAGUGAAGACUGCCUGUGCUCUUCCUCAGCAUUACAUGACACAAACAAUCCUGUAAAUAUGACAGAUUACAGAGUUGAGAGGAGCAGUAUCAGUGAUGAUG